AUAAUAUUGUCAUUUUUUUUUUAUUCUGUGAAGUAAAUCGGGCGGGCAUAGAUAUUCAGCGGUUACAGCGAUUGUUAAAUUAAGUGAUUAUUGCUAAGAAAAACUUGAAAUUAUUGAAAGAAAUGUUUAAUAAUAAAGUCAUUCUUGAGUAGUGCAAAGUGCCUUUUUUUGCCUAAUUACCGUACAAAGUAUUAAUCCGUUAGUGCUAAGUUGUUAAAUAAUGAAUAAUUUUAAAACGUAACUUUUCUAGCAAAACACGCAACAACAAGAAUUUAGGUUACCAUCUGUAUCGGCGAAUAAGUCAAGGUUAUUACCAAUAAUCUUAUAUUUAAGUAGACUGCUUGUUUUUUUCGCUUAUAUAAUACGGAAAUGCUCCCGUAAAGAAAUUAUUGCAAAUCAUUUAUGAAAUUAACCAACGAAUUUAUACUUAAAGUCAAUCGAAGACAUUCCGUUUUAUCGUUUACAUUCUGUCAAUAAAACCACUCAGCCUUUUCGUCAUGUGCUGUGAAUGUUGUAGCGUUACCCAAAGAAAAGUUUGGGUUUUCAGCUCGGCCGCAAUACUCGCUAUUUUCGGUAUAUUACUUGUAGUAAUGUGGCCGGAAUGGAGUGUCUCUUUAGUGCAUAACAAUUUACUCAUUAAAGUGGGCACAGAUAAUUACAAGUCUUGGGUAGAAGCACCUAUACCCAUUUAUCUCGUAUUCUAUUUAUUUAAUUGGACUAACCCGGAAGAUAUUACAAAAGCGAAUAUUAAACCAAAUUUUGUUGAAAUGGGACCUUAUGUUUUCCUAGAGAAACACUCGAAAGAAAAUGUUUCGUUUUAUUCCAAUGAUACCGUUUCAUACUAUCAAAGACGUACAUGGUUUUUUGUUCCCGAGAAAUCAAACGGGACCUUGGAGGAUAUGAUAACAACUGCCCAUCCCAUAACAGCGACGGUAGCGGAUCAAAUGCGUAAUAAAAGUAAAAUUAUUAAAAAGGUUCUAAAUUUUAUGUUAAAUCAUGAGGGCGGAAAUUUAUAUGUCACUAGACCUGUAAAGGAAUGGAUAUUUGAUGGUUUCCAAGACGAGUUAAUAGAUUUUCUAAGUCUAUUUAAUACAUCAAAAAUUAAUAUACCUUAUAAGCGAUUCGGUUGGAUGGUCGAGCGCAACGCAUCCCUAGACUACGAUGGACUUUUCACUAUACACACUGGUGUCGAUAACAUUCACAAUUUGGGCCAAUUAAUGCAUUGGAAUGGCAAAAAUACGAGUGAUUUCUAUUCAUCACCAUGUAAUACUAUUAAAGGAACUCCGGGUGAUUUGUUCCCACCGCAAUUAGAUAGCGAGGAGUCGUUAACUGUAUUUAUCACAGAUGUUUGCCGUUAUUUGAAUUUCAAACGAAAUGGCUCCACCGAACUGUACGGCUUACAAGCAAUCACGUGGGAGGGGACAAAUGCAACUUUAGAUUCUGGGGCAUAUUAUCCCGAACAGGAGUGUUUUUGUGAUGCGAGCAUCGAUGAAUGCCCCAGAGGAGGUGUGGCGGACUGCAAGAAAUGCCUUCAUAAUGCACCAAUUUAUGCAUCUUUUCCUCACUUUUAUUUGGCUGAUGAGUUCUACGCGAAUGCGGUGACCGGUAUGAAACCAGAUCCUGAAAAACAUAAAUUCACAUUGGCUAUCGAGCCCAAUACAGGCAUACCGGUAGAGGUCAAAGCACGUAUCCAAAUUAAUAUGAUGAUAACACCGGAUGAUACUUUUGAUGUUUAUCGUGGGGUUCAACAUUUUUUGAUGCCCAUGUUUUGGUUCGAAGAAAUUGCUACACUUGAUGAGAAAUUAGCCAGCAAAGCCAAAUUGGCUGUUAAUCUUGACUCGUACGGCGUUAUUGGUGGGGUAGUUCUUAUUUGCUUAGCCGUUAUACUCUCAAUUAUUGGUAUUGUUCUCACUAUUAUGAAAAAAUGGAAGCAUAUACCAGACGAUGAUGAAACCAUUUUAACCGAUAAUGCCGAUAAUGCCGUGAAUACGCAAUAAUCGAUACGCUAUUAUAUCGAUAAUAUUUUAAGAAUGUCUUUGUUCACUUUUUAUAUUCAAAAUCAUUUUUCAUUAAUUAUAUUAUUAUUAGUAAUUAGUUUUUCAUUUCAUUACUUUAUCCCACUGGCACCAUUGUUUUGUUCCAAAAUGUAUCUGUACAAGCAGCCAUCUUAAGUGAAAUUUGUUUUUUUUUUUUUUAAUAUAAAUUAUUUCCUUGGUACUUUAAUUUGUAUUUAUUACCAAAACGUUGAAAAUCUUCUUGAUAUGUGAUAAAAUA